GGCUGGGCAGUGCGGGCUCCGGGCGCCGCUGCCACUGCUGUGCCGCCGGGCCGCGGAGCGAGGUGGCGGCGGCGGUGGCUGAAGCGGCGCCACAGCUGCCGCGGCGAGCGGCGGCGGCCUCGGAAGAAGAGGGGUCGCCGCCCGGGGUUCUGGUGGCCGCUGCUCUUUCGUCGUCGCAGUAUUUCCUGUUUGGAUUAUCUUGUGCUUCUCCCCAGCUGCCUCCUUCCCUUCACACUCCCACUCUGCCCCACUCCUCCGUGUCCUCGGUGGAAGCUGCCCUCGGCCCGGGCUUGUUUCCCGCGCCGGGGGACGCCCCUUGCCUCCCCUCGCGGGUUGCGGGGGAGCUCCGCCGAGACCAUGAGGAAAUUCAACAUCAGGAAGGUGCUGGACGGCCUGACCGCCGGCUCGUCCUCGGCCUCGCAGCAGCAGCAGCAACAGCAGCACCCGGCUGGGAACCGGGAGCCCGAGAUCCAGGAAACGCUCCAGUCCGAGCACUUUCAGCUCUGCAAGACUGUUCGCCAUGGAUUUCCCUAUCAACCUUCAGCCUUGGCCUUUGAUCCUGUACAGAAGAUCCUGGCAGUUGGAACUCAGACUGGUGCUUUAAGGCUCUUUGGUCGUCCAGGAGUAGAAUGUUAUUGCCAGCAUGACAGUGGAGCUGCAGUAAUCCAACUUCAGUUCCUGAUUAAUGAGGGAGCUCUUGUGAGUGCCUUGGCUGAUGACACCUUACAUUUAUGGAAUUUACGUCAAAAGAGACCUGCCAUACUACAUUCACUUAAAUUUUGCAGAGAAAGGGUUACAUUUUGCCAUCUGCCUUUCCAGAGUAAGUGGCUCUAUGUGGGCACUGAGCGAGGUAAUAUACAUAUUGUCAACGUGGAGUCCUUCACACUCUCAGGCUACGUCAUUAUGUGGAAUAAAGCCAUUGAACUGUCAUCUAAAUCUCAUCCAGGACCAGUUGUCCAUAUAAGCGAUAACCCAAUGGAUGAAGGAAAGCUUUUGAUUGGCUUUGAAUCAGGAACAGUAGUGUUAUGGGACCUCAAAUCAAAGAAAGCCGACUACAGAUAUACGUAUGAUGAGGCUAUUCACUCUGUUGCUUGGCAUCAUGAGGGAAAACAAUUUAUUUGCAGUCAUUCAGAUGGUACCUUGACUAUAUGGAAUGUGAGGUCUCCAGCCAAGCCUAUACAGACAAUCACUCCACAUGGAAAACAAUUAAAGGAUGGGAAGAAGCCAGAACCCUGCAAACCUAUCCUCAAGGUGGAAUUCAAAACGACUAGAUCUGGGGAACCUUUUAUUAUUUUAUCAGGAGGUUUGUCCUAUGAUACUGUAGGAAGAAGACCCUGCCUAACAGUUAUGCAUGGGAAGAGUACUGCUGUGCUGGAAAUGGACUAUUCAAUUGUUGAUUUUCUAACGCUCUGUGAAACACCAUACCCAAAUGAUUUUCAGGAACCAUAUGCUGUAGUAGUUCUUCUGGAAAAGGAUUUAGUACUUAUAGACCUGGCACAAAAUGGAUACCCUAUAUUUGAAAAUCCCUACCCUUUGACUAUACAUGAAUCCCCUGUUACAUGUUGCGAAUACUUUGCUGAUUGUCCUGUGGACCUUAUUCCUGCACUUUAUUCUGUUGGAGCUAGACAGAAGCGGCAAGGUUACAGCAAAAAGGAAUGGCCCAUUAAUGGAGGUAAUUGGGGCUUGGGUGUUCAAAGUUACCCAGAAAUAAUUAUUACAGGGCAUGCUGAUGGGUCAGUUAAGUUCUGGGAUGCUUCUGCAAUAACUCUACAAGUAUUAUAUAAACUAAAGACAUCUAAAGUAUUUGAAAAGUCAAGAAAUAAAGAUGAGAGGCCAAACACAGACAUUGUAGAUGAAGAUCCGUAUGCCAUUCAGAUCAUCUCCUGGUGUCCAGAAAGUAGAAUGCUGUGCAUAGCUGGAGUUUCUGCUCAUGUUAUUAUUUAUAGAUUCAGCAAACAAGAAGUGAUUACAGAAGUCAUUCCAAUGCUUGAAGUUCGAUUGUUAUAUGAGAUAAAUGAUGUGGAAUCCCCAGAGGGAGAACAGGCACCGCCUUUGCCAACACCAGUUGGGGGUUCCACUCCUCAGCCCAUUCCUCCUCAGUCUCAUCCUUCUACCAGUAGCAGUUCAUCUGAUGGGCUUCGUGAUAAUGUCCCUUGUUUAAAAGUUAAAAAUUCACCACUUAAGCAGUCUCCAGGUUAUCAGACAGAACUAGUUAUUCAGUUGGUAUGGGUCAGUGGAGAACCACCACAACAAAUAACCAGCCUGGCAGUCAAUUCUUCGUAUGGAUUGGUAGUUUUUGGCAAUUGUAAUGGCAUUGCAAUGGUAGACUACCUCCAGAAAGCAGUACUCCUCAACCUGGGCACUAUUGAAUUAUAUGGCUCCAAUGAUCCUUAUCGGAGAGAACCCCGGUCUCCUCGUAAAUCUCGACAACCUUCAGGAGCAGGUCUGUGUGAUAUUAGUGAAGGGACUGUAGUCCCAGAGGAUCGCUGCAAAUCUCCAACUUCUGGUUCUUCAUCACCACACAAUUCAGAUGAUGAACAAAAAAUGAAUAAUUUUAUAGAAAAGGUGAAGACCAAAAGCAGAAAGUUUUCCAAGAUGGUAGCCAGUGAUAUAGCAAAGAUGUCAAGGAAGUUAAGCUUGCCUACUGACCUAAAGCCUGACUUAGAUAUAAAAGAUAAUUCCUUCAGCCGAUCACGGAGUUCUAGCGUAACCAGCAUUGAUAAAGAAUCUCGAGAAGCAAUUUCUGCUCUUCAUUUCUGUGAAACUUUUACUCGAAAGGCAGAUUCAUCUCCCUCCCCAUGUUUAUGGGUUGGUACUACAUUGGGAACAGUGCUAGUUAUUGCACUGAACCUUCCCCCAGGAGGAGAACAAAGACUUCUUCAGCCAGUCAUUGUCUCUCCAAGUGGUACUAUAUUGAGGUUAAAAGGGGCGAUCCUGAGAAUGGCAUUCCUGGAUACCACAGGCUGCUUAGUGCCACCCGCGUAUGAAUCCUGGAGAGAACACAAUGUUCCUGAAGAAAAAGAUGAAAAGGAGAAAUUAAAGAAACGACGACCUGUCUCCGUAUCCCCCUCCUCUUCUCAGGAAAUUAGUGAAAACCAGUAUGCCGUGAUAUGUUCUGAAAAGCAAGCAAAAGUCAUCUCACUGCCAACUCAGAACUGUGCUUACAAGCAAAACAUUACAGAGACCUCAUUUGUGCUUCGUGGAGAUAUCGUAGCAUUGAGUAACAGUAUUUGCCUUGCCUGCUUCUGCGCCAAUGGACAUAUUAUGACUUUUAGUUUGCCAAGUUUAAGGCCUCUACUGGAUGUAUAUUACUUGCCCCUCACCAACAUGCGGAUAGCCAGAACAUUCUGCUUCACCAACAAUGGACAAGCAUUAUAUCUUGUUUCACCUACAGAAAUCCAGAGACUCACUUACAGUCAAGAGACCUGUGAAAAUCUUCAGGAAAUGUUGGGUGAACUCUUCACUCCUCUAGAAACACCUGAAGCACCAAACAGGGGAUUCUUUAAAGGCUUAUUUGGAGGUGGUGCACAAUCUCUUGAUAGAGAAGAACUGUUUGGAGAAUCAUCCUCAGGAAAGGCCUCAAGGAGUCUUGCACAGCAUAUCCCUGGCCCUGGCGGCAUUGAAGGUGUGAAAGGAGCAGCAUCUGGAGUCGUUGGUGAAUUAGCACGAGCCAGGUUGGCACUAGAUGAAAGAGGGCAGAAACUUGGUGACCUGGAAGAAAGAACUGCAGCUAUGUUGUCCAGUGCAGAUUCGUUUUCUAAACAUGCACAUGAGAUGAUGUUGAAAUACAAAGAUAAGAAGUGGUACCAGUUCUGACAACCAGAAAUCCAACUAAGUCCAACUUCAGCCAGAAGGAAAAAGAAUUUUCCUUUUUUAUUUUAUUGAUUUCACUUUAGGAAAGUUAACAUUGGAUGUUCGUCACUGGAUACUGUUCUUUCCUAGCACAAUCAUGCACUGUUUUACCUCAGUCAUGUGGCUUUACCUGAGGAGUGUCCACGCACACUCAAAGUGGAGUAGAUGGUAUGUGCCGGCUAUGAGUUGACAGUUUGGGAACUAAGCAGGUCACAUGUUACAAAUGAAGAAACAAAGGGGAGUGUGGAGGAGACCUGGCAGGGACUAUUCCUGGAUCAUUCCUGUAUUAAACUUUCAUAAGCCAAAAGAUUUUGUGCUGUUGUAUCUGCCAUCAGUGUUUGACCUCUUUGAGGGAGAGACAGUAAGUCAGAAGUCCUGAAGCUGAAGUAGUUUGUUUGUGUCAUUGACUGAAAUAUAAACAGCUGUCUUGGACUUUCCCUCCCUUAAACUGAAUGGUCAUCAGUAUCAUUAGUGAAAAAGAAACAAACUGUUUGUUACCAUAUCUUUAGACAGAUAAGCUGAAUGGUGGGCUUUAAAUAAUAAAAACAUACACAUAGUUGACUUGUGUAUGGGCUACUCUUGGAUUCUUGUUAUUGUAUACUUGUGUUUAGUCCAUAUUUUGUCAAAAGCAAAACAAGGUGAUACAUCACUUUUCAUUGAAAAGAAAAGUGUAGAGCAUGACUGAACUGCUCAUCAUUCUGGGAGUUUCCAUGUAGUGGCUAUACAGUGUGGAAAGUGAGAAAAACCUCCAUUGUGGUGAGGAGAAUACUUCAAUGUCCCUUGUCCUCGUUCUCAUUAAUUCAGCUAAAGGUGGAUUUGACCAAAAUAGUUACUGGUUAAAUUUGUAGAAAUGUUGAAAUUGGCUAAGUUUUUAAUUUUGCUUGAAUUUUUAUAAAAUGUUUAACCAAAUGUACCUUUGCAUUAUUUAAUUAAAAUUGCUAAAAACAAUGUUUCAUUAUUUCAGUAAAAUGCUCAGCUCCCUUUUUAAAAUACCCUUUAUUUGCUAACAGUUCCAGUACACUCAGGUGAUGAGCCAAUUAAAUCUUAGUGCACAUGCUGUCGCAUGGAAAAUUAACAAGCAUCUGUUGUCAAUAAUUAUCUAUAUAAGAGUCUAGUCUGAUGACCUACAAAAUAUUUUCUGUAGAAAUAUACUAUAAAUCUGUACAUGUCCUUUCGAGGUUUUAAAAAAACCAAAAGGAAAGGAAAAUAUGUGCAUUUUUGGUAACUAAAUUAUUUCUGUAUUGGAGUAUAAUGCAAGUGAGACUGUCAGUGAAAAACAAAUGAUCUGUUCCUAAGACAGCAUUACGGACAGGGAAGAGAUGACUUUGUAGACCUGGAAGUAAGUGAUAUCAUAACACAGGCUCAUCUGAGAUGAUUAUUGGUGGUUCUUAAAGCAGCAAAGGAAGAGCAAAAUGGAAGCAUUAUACUUACUCUUAAUGAAAUUUAAAUAUUUUCUUCUAUAAAAAAUUGUUUAAAACAUUUUCUUUUUUCAUUAAGAGAUAAACAGAGCACAAAUUGAUAGCAAACUUGAUGGUUGCUUUUUCUAUUCCAUAUGAUCAUUUAAGGUAUGUGUAGAACAUCUUAAUUUCACACAGUCUGUUAUGCAUCUUUUCCUCUUUAUUCUUUUCAUUAAUAAAGCUUUUAUGUUUACAUUUUGCAAUGUGCACUAUGGGAUACAAACGUUUACAUUAAAAUUUACUUUGAAUAUCAUUAGGGAGGGACUAAAUAUAUGUGAUUAGAGAUAAUUGAUCGAGCCAAAAUAAAUAUUUUAAAAGUAAUCAUUUUCAAAAGGUUUUGAAUUUGUAGAAAAUACCUAUGGAUAACAUGUUUCUGUUUAGAUAAUGUCAGUGAUAUGGUGAAAAGUCAGAAGUUUACAGAUGUUAUCUAACAAAUCCGUUGUUCCAUGAUCUGUCACAGGAAGUAUUAGGCCCUUUUUUAAGGUAGAGUUUUGAGAAUGUCAUCAAUAAAAUUAACAGUUAUGGAUUUGAAGUUGAGAAGCAUUAAGUAAAAUAAUAUACUGGUAGAUUCCUCAUUAGGUGGAAGGGCAUAUUAGCUCCAAUUAUUUAAUUUGCUCUGUUAUUUUGUGUUAAUUGUACAUCAGCUUUAUUUCUGUGGUCAUUUUUCCUGAUGUAUAUAAAAUGAACUAAUCCUGUAAUUAUUUUCAAAUAGAGAAGUAGAUACAUUUAUCUGAGAUGGAUUUUAUAAGAAAAUGUUAAAUCAAUAUUUUGAGUUAUUUUAUUUUGUUUUUAAAUUAAUCUACAGAUUAUGCACAGCAAACCUAGAAACUCACUUAAACUAGAAAGCUUGAAGUAUUUUUGAGAAUAGGAAAUAGCUUCUCCGAGUUAUACUUGAUUCAGUCUGUAGAUAAGAGACAGUCUGCAGUAAUAACUAACCCAGGGAAUUUAUUGUAAUUUGAGAGAUAACAUCUUUUAUUUUUUUCUUUUUAAGUGCAAAAAGUAAGUCACCAGCAAGCCAGGAUUUCAGGAAAACAAACCAAAAAAAAAAAAAAAAAUCAAAAAUAGAAAAUAUAAGAAAGAUGAAAGAUUUGUGUGUGCUUCCUGCAUAUCCUCAUUUGAGGACAUUAUUCUUUGUUGCAUUUGUCCUUGGCUCUAAAAUCAUUAAAGUAUUCGUUAAUUAGCAGCUUGUCAACAGGAAGUUGUUUCCCCGUAUGUACCACAUAUCCAAUUCACUCUUCAAAUUUAAAUUCAUAUGUGUUUGCUUAGAAAGUUAUUUGAAAUCUUAGUACUCUGACAAAUUCUGUAUGUUACAUCCAUUUGAAGUUUUGCAUCAUCUUAAUCUCCUGGGUUUGCAUUUCUGUUUAAAAAGUGUUUUCAAAAAUGGUUAUAGAUAUCACUGAGCUAUGAUUGACUUCUUAAUUUGCUUUUCUUUAUGUAUGUGAAAAAAAUGCUGCUAUUUGUCUAUGUUAUGUGUAGUAUAUUACAAUUUAAGUACAGUACAUUAUAGUGAAGAAAGAAGCAUUUCUUUUGCUUAGACCUUAAUUGUAGGUUUCUCUGAAGUUCUUUCAUGUAGAUAUGUGAGUGUUUUAAACAAGUCUGAAAGUGUUACACAUUUUUAGGUUACAAGGGUUGAAGGGAAGACAGCUGAGGAAAGGAAGGGGAGACCCCCACGGAGUACAGAGUUUUACCCUGAGUUCCAGAUUCCAUAUAUGUUUUGCUGAAGGCAUUUUUUCAAUGACAUUAGAAAAGCUAUAUCCAAAGGUAAAUUUUUUGUGGCAAAGAUUUAUUUUACAUUUUAACUUUGGGGAUUUUGUUUAUUUGUUUUUGCAAAAUAAAGAGCACUGAACUUUAAACUUGAAUUUUUUCUGCACUUUUUUAGGUAAUGAGAACUUUUUAUUAUCAUUUAAUCCACAUUUCUCAGUUAAAAUCAAAUGAUACAUAUGUAUAAAACAUACCAAAAUCAUGAAUAUGCUGCUAGCUGCACCUUUAACAAUUAAACUGAUCAUAGUCUUAAAACCUUUAAUAGGGCUUUAUAUAGUUUUCAAGGAAAAAAAUAGUAAAAGCAUUUGCUGUAUGUUUCAGUGUUCUAGGUCUUACUUAAAUUAUUGCAACACUUUCAGAUUUGUUUUAAGAUCAUACAGUAACAUGUUAUAUUUAUACAUACUGCUAGAGAAUAUACUUUUAAUUUUAAAAUGAAAUUUUUAUAAAUGUACUCUUUAAUUUUAAAAAUGGUGAACUUGUUAAGUUUAAGUCAAAGUACUUAUAAAGUAUGUAUAUUAUCCAUACAAAAGUUAUGUUUUACGCUUAUACUAAGAAAUAUUGGUAUCUCAUAUCGAGAUACAAUUAACUUUAGAGAAUCAUACAUUAUUCAAAAGUCUUCACGCAUUGACAGGAAAGAUAAUCAUUAAUAUGGUUUAAAAGAAACCCUCUAUUGAGCAUUUUCAAAUAUUAAUUUUAUUUUGGGAAAAAUGCCCACAACAAUAUUUGCAAGAUUUUUCUCACUAACUGCAGCUUGCUGUCGGACGCCUACCUUAACUAUUGUUUUAAGAAAUAUAUAUAUUUAAAAUAGUUUUCCAGGUAUUUUCUUCUACCUUUUUUAAAAAUAAAUUUCCAAAAAUGAAAACAGAGUUUAUGUAUUUUUGUCAAUGAAGGUUUUUAUUUUGUAGUUUAUAGAAUUUGUUCCUUAUCAGUUUGAUACUUGAUCACUAUUCCUAGACUUUUUAAUCUGUAUUUACUUUGAAAAAGAACACUUCUCUAUCUUAAGUGUCCUCCUUUUGUUCUUUUCCUUUUUAGAGUGUUUGUUCUCUUCGAUUGAAAUUUAUGCCCACAAAUAAUUUUUUUUCAUUUGAAAAUGAAUGUGAAGAUACUGUUUACAGCUUUUGUUAAUCACACUUUUCAUCACUGAUCAAUUUCUUGUAAAGUGCUAUGGGGAUUAUUUUUCCUGUGAAUAUUAAUGAUCUUAUUACUGCCACAGAAGUUUUCAAAGUUCUGUGGACAGAAAAUAGUUGUAACAACAACAAAAAUUAAAAGGAAAACUUUAGUUUACCUUUCUCAGCUGAAUUAAAUGGUUUUAAUAACUUCCCAGUUACCAGGGUUAUAACAUGGCUUUCUUCAGUUAAUAAUACAAUCUUAAAUUACUUAGCACAAUUCACUUACAAAUUGAGUACUGCAGUCCAGAGCUACAUAUAAUUGCUCUUUUUAUUGCAUAUUGCACUACUAUUACAUCGGAAAAAUCAUGAAUGUCAGUUUUGCUGGUAUUUUGCAAUGAAUGAGGCUCACAGUUUAAUUUAAAAUUUUAUAGUGUAUGAGAUGUAAAUAAGUCAGUACUAAUUUAUUGUAGAUUGUUUGGCUCAGGCAUUUAAAUGGACAUAGGCUAAUGGCAAUGGAAUCCUCUUUGACUGGGAGUUUCAUUUUUUUAAAUAUACUUUGCUAAGUGUUUUGUGUUGUUCGAACUUUGCUUCAGUUGAAGACAAGGUGAAGAGUUAAAAAAAAAAGACUCAAUAUGUCAAUAGAAAGCAAUGCAAAGAGUAAAUCAUAUUUUAAAUUUUUUAAAUUUUUUUUGUAAAUAAAUGGUACUGUGAUACUUUAGGUGUGACCUCUGCUUAACAUGAUAGUUAGAACCAGAAAAACAUUUCUUUCUAGUUAUACUAUUGGUUCAUUGUAAAUGCAUCACCAAAACAAUAUUAAAAAGAGCAAGGAUAAGUUUUCCUAACAUUGUCCACGUCAGGGGCAAGCAUGCUUGGUAUAGAGCUCUAGCUUGUGUCUACCUUAAACCCGCAGGCAGUCUUCAGUUGCUGCACUUUUUUUUUUUUUUUUAAUUUUGUUCAGUCCAGUAACUAUCUUAAAGGUAAUUGCUGGAAUAUGUAUUUUAAAUAUGGUAAAAAAAAAAAAAUCUCUGUGUACUGUUUCAUUUUAAACAAAAACAAAAGCACUAUUGCAAACACUAAAAAUGUGUUAAACUUUGUAGUUAUUUUGCAUUCCUGUACUUUACAAAAUGUCAUCACAGCAAAAGGUUUAAAAUUAGGUAAUGAAAUAUUUUUGUAAAUAAAUACCGUUAAGCUGGUAUUUUAAAAAAUGUAUUAUAAUGUUUCUGGAAAAUGUUCAUAUAUAUGUAUAUGAAUGUCUCUUUAUGCUGAAGGGCUCUGAUUGGGCAAAAUAAAAUACUCUAAUCUCUCCUGAAA